AAGAACUACAUAAGAAAAGUAUAUGAUUCAGCAUUGCAGAAAUGCUUCAUAAAUGUGCACAGGCGAUUAGUAACAGAUCCAUCUUCACCGCUUGUCAGGACCUCGGUGCUCAGCUGAAGGCUAUUCAGUGUCUGUGAGGGAGUAAUCCCGGAUCAAAGGUCAGAACUAUGACCCGGCAGCAAAGCGUUUUCCAUCAGAACAAUGGUGGUAAAAGUCCAAUUAGCUGUAUGCUGAGUGCUGGAGGUGUGACGCCGCAGCGGUGAUCAAUCGCUGCCACAGACCGACUGAUUCUUCUGUCCACAGUCAAUAAUGCUGGCUGAUGUAUGUGUAAUUAACAAAUACUUGAGCGUAAUUCAGAGUAAGUUUGCGGGCAUCGUGGGUCAUGGGUUGUGGGAGAGUGAUAUGGAUGAGGUGCAGAAAUACUACGUAUUGGAUCUCGCUGAUUAUAUAAAGGCCGGACUGAACCGUCCCGAGCCACAGACGCAUGGAGUCUCAGCAAGACAAGCUGAACGUGUUUGCGACUGGACACUGGACCAGGAUUCCUGAGUACAGCAGCAACCAUGAAUGUCUCAGAGUCGUCUCCGGCGUGUUCUCUGGGCCUGCCGUCUUCUUCAGACGAUGGCCGGACCUGCAGCAAAGCUCCUGAAGUUGCCAGCGUCAGAGUUCAGCUGGAAAUGCAGAGCCUGUGGCGGCAGUUCGACCAGCUGGGCACUGAAAUGAUUGUGACAAAAGCUGGAAGAAGGAUGUUUCCUACAUUUCAAGUACACAUUUCAGGCAUGGAUCCUGCUGCAGAGUAUGUGCUCCUAAUGGACUUUAUUCCUGUUGAUGACAAACGAUACAGGUACGCUUUCCACAGCUCCUCCUGGCUGGUAGCGGGACGUGGAGAUAUAGCCGCCCCGGGACGAGUGCACUUCCAUCCGGACUCGCCGGCACGAGGAGCGCAGUGGGUCAAACAGACCGUCUCAUUCGACCGCCUCAAACUCACCAACAACCUGCUGGACGAUAACGGCCAUAUGAUCCUGAACUCCAUGCAUCGCUACCAGCCCCGGCUGCACGUGGUUGUGGUGGACAGGAGCCGCGACAGUCAGCGCUAUGCCCACCGCAACUUCUGCACGUUCACCUUCCCAGAAACCCGCUUCAUCGCAGUCACCGCCUACCAGAACCACAGGAUCACCCAGCUGAAGAUCGCUUGCAACCCCUUUGCGAAAGGCUUUCGUACAGCAGAUUCUGAAAACAGACAUUCAGCUCAAUGUCAGACAGAAUCUGCCGGCCUGUCUUUGCCAUGGAGUGAGUUUGAGGGAUCACCGGGGUGUGAAGACCAGCGGCUACAACACCAACCUCACUGCCGCUCGGUCGCUCGCGAUCCAGCCCUACGGACGCCGAUGGCCGAGGCGACGCUCUCGUACAGCGCAGGGACGGACAGCAGCGUGGACCGGAGGGACGGAGGCUCUCACGGCCAUUUCUACGGCGCCCCUGUGUUCUUCACAGUGCCCUGCCAAUGGGACGGCCUGAGCAGAGCAGACAGAAGCCUGAUCGGAUAACCGAACCUUCAGUCAAAUAGUCUUUAUCAGCCUUAUGCUCUAAAAAUGUUGUGUCGGGUAAUCUAAAAGUGUGCUUCAUUUAUUCACAUCAAAUAAAAUCAUCAUAAUCAACAACAACAACUGGGGUUACACUUUAUUUUGAUAGUCCACUUUAGACAUUCUACUAACUAUAGUAGUAUAUAAGUAACUUUCCAACUACAUGUCAACUAAUUCUCAUUCAUUAGCAACUAGGUGUCUACUAACUCUCAGAGCAGACCGUUAGGUUAGGUUUAGGCUUAGCAGAAUAAGUUGACAUGUACUUGCAAAGCUUAGAAAAGUGUUAGAAGAUAUUAAGCAGACAGUCUACUAAUACUCUAAUGACUAGUUGACAUGCAGCUGCAAGGUUACUUAAUGUUAGUAGAAUGUCUGAAGUGGACUGUCAAAAUAAAGUGUUACCGCAACAACAACAACAAUAAUAAUAGUAAUAAAUUAAAAUAAAAUAAAUGAAUUGUAAUGGUCAGGUCAACUAGA